GUCUGCUUUGUGUUGUCAGGCAGAAACACACACCAGCCAGGGCGGCGUGUGUCCUCAAACACAGGCUCCCUAUCCGCCGCGGCAGACACGCACUUUUACCCCAUCCACCGUCAAUACUCACCCGCUAAACAGCCGAGCGACGCCACGAUGUCGGUGGGACUGGAGUCUGGAUUCUCGAGUGAGGAGGUGCUGACCGCCCGCUUCCCCCUCCACCGGGCGUGCAGGGAUGGAGAUGUCGGUGCCUUGUGCUCCCUUCUUCAGUGCACCUCAAACCCGGCUGACCUUAAUGUGGAGGACACCUUCUACGGCUGGACGCCCAUUCAUUGGGCCGCUCAUUUCGGAAAGCUGGAGUGUGUGAUGCGUCUGGUUCAGGUGGGCUGUGGUGUCAAUGCUGUAACCUCCAGGUUUGCACAGACACCCACUCACAUUGCUGCAUUUGGGGGCCACCCUGAGUGCUUAUUAUGGCUACUCCAAGCUGGUGCAGAUAUUAACAGACAGGACUAUGUGGGCGAGACGCCCAUCCACAAGGCUGCUCGUGCGGGCAGUCUGGGCUGUAUCAACGCUCUCUUGAUUCAGGGAGCGAAAGCUGAUAUGAGGAAUGCCAGUGGGCUGACUGCUGCUGACCUUGCCCACGCCCAGGGAUUCCAGGAGUGUGCUGAGAUUCUCUCCAAUGCCCAGAACUUCCAACAAAACAUGGCUCAGUCCCAUAACGGGGCUUUUCAGAAUGGCAUGGCUCAGAAUGGGGGUCACAAUCACCCAACCAUCCAGGGACGCAGCUUCUUGAAUGGCAUGCCCAACAGAAAGAGAUCGUUUGAUGGCAUCGAAGCUAACCCAGUGAAGAAGGCUAGGCCUAAUGGUUUGGGUAUGCCACCAGAGUUUCUGAAUGGAAAUGGGCCACUGGGUGGUGCUCAACACAACCAGAUGGAAAGCAUGAAUGUGGAGCUGGCAGCUACUGUAAGCUCAGGUGAAAGACUCCAUGAGGAUUUUUCCUUAAAUGGCCACAAUCAACCUCAACUUCCAUUUGAGUGUGUCCCAGCAGCAGAAAUAAAUCGGCACAUCUGCAGUGACUCAUUUGAGAUCAACAGUACAGCAGGCAGCCAGGUGGAGCAUCAGAAGUCUGUGAAAGCAGAGCAAUUGUACGACCAUGCCCUCUUCAGCACCCUGCUACUUUACCAUGGAUCCUAGAGUACAAAGGACCUGUGUGACAUGCCCUCCUUUCUGCCUAAUAUUAUGUAAACUUCAAAACAGAAUUAAUUUGCCUUAAACCAUUGAGUGGUCCAGUUCUUUGCUGACAUUUCGUAUUGAAAAGGGCAGGCCCAUCAUGGAUGGACAAGACACUUUACUUGUUUGAGAAAAAAACGUUAAUUUUGCUUGUGGUGUUGAAGAGAAAGUUUGUUUGACCUUUGAUCAGUGUUAAAUUGUAAAUAGCCUUGUUCUAAUGUACACUAAUAUGGGCAUCUGUAUUGAGCCACUGCCAAUACUUACGUUUUGUUUGUUUCUGCUAGAAGUGGAGAUAUACUCCUGAUUUGUUGAUGUUAAUAAAUAAAUGUAGAACCUGUAUC